CUGAGCAGCCAGAAGGCAGCCACUCUUUUCCGUAUUCCCCCCUCUCCCUGCUAUAUUUCCACCGCAAGGGGGCCGAGCUGCUACCACCCUGCUCAAGAGGAAUGACUGCGGGAUUUAAUCUGCCAGAUGCAACAAUGAGAGCCCUUCCUUGUUGGAUCUGCUUGUCCAGUCUCCUGACGAUCUCUCUGCUGUGUGUAUCAGCUGAGAACCAAUGUAAGAUUAAAAAUGAAGUGGCUGACUGCAGUCAUCUAAAACUGACUGAAAUUCCUUCAGACCUCCCUAUUAAUAUAACAGGUUUGGACAUUUCUCACAACCAGCUAAAAAAGCUACCACCUGCAAAUCUUACAAAGUACAGCAAGCUGAUUUACUUGGAUGCUGGAUACAACAGCAUAUCCAAACUACAGCUAGAACUGUGCCAAAGUCUGCCUCUGUUAACCGUUAUAAACUUGAAACACAAUGAGUUGCAUGAGCUCUCUGAUGUGGUGUUUGAGUCCUGCACCAAUCUGACUGAGCUCAAUCUGGGGUUCAACAUAAUAGAAAUCAAAGGCAAUCUUUUCAAACCCUUAAAGAAUUUGAUCAUUUUGGAUGUCUCUCAUAAUCAUUUGAAGUCUGCAAAAUUAGGAUCACAGCAGCAGCUGGAGAACCUUCAUGAGCUUGUGCUCUCUGACAAUAAAAUAACUGAGUUAAAAAAAGAAGAUCUAGAGUUUCUUAGUAACACAUCCUUGAAAAGACUGGAUUUAUCAUCAAACCCACUGACAGAGAUUCACACAGGCUGUUUACGUGUGAUUGGCAAUCUGUAUGGCCUUGUACUGAACAAUAUCAAUCUUGGUGAAAAUCGCACAGAGAAACUUUGUUCUGAAUUAUCCAAUACAAAAAUUCAGAAUCUCUCACUGAGCCGUAUUAAUCUUUUACGUAUUGACAAUUCAACCUUCUAUGGAUUGGAAAGAACAAAUCUCUCAGCUUUAAACCUUUCAGAAAAUUCUUUAUCUGUGAUAAAAAAUGGCUCUUUUAUAUGGCUUGCAAAUUUGGAGGAGUUAAACCUGGAGUAUAAUAAGAUCUCUCAUUUAUACUCUUACUCUCUUUAUGGAUUGUCCAAAGUCAAAUAUUUGAAUCUGAAAAAUGCACUUACCAGAAUAAUUGAUGAUUUCUCCUUUUAUUCACUAACCCAGCUGGAGUAUCUUAAUAUGGAUGGUAAUACUUUUCCAGAAAUUACAGCUCAUCUUUUCACAGGAUUGGACAACCUGAAAUAUUUGAGUCUAUGCAACUGUGACACAAAUUUACACAGAGUGACUAAUAAAACUUUUUCAUCGCUCGCUAAUUCUACUUUGCAGUUUCUCAACCUCACUAAAGAUAGAAUCUACACAAUAGAGAGUGGAGCAUUUUCCUGGCUGGGACAUCUGAGAAGUCUUGAUUUAGGCCUCAAUGAAAUUACCCAGGUGCUCACAGGUCAUGAGUUUCAGGGACUCAAUAAUAUCCAAGAUAUCUAUCUGUCCUACAACAAGCAGUUGACUCUGACAAGUGAUUCAUUUACAUUUGUUCCAGGCCUUAGAAAACUGAUGCUGAGAAAGGUAGCUUGCAGCAAUCUGGACCUCUCUCCUUCACCUUUUCAUCCUCUGCAAAAUCUCACUAUCCUGGAUAUCAGCAAUAAUAAUCUAGCUAACAUAAGAAUUGAUUUGUUUGAUGGACUUCAUAAACUUGAAAUUCUGGAUUUGCAGCAUAAUAAUUUGGCUCGACUUUGGAAACAUGCUAACCCAGAUGGCCCUGUCCUUUUUUUAAGAGAUCUCUUUAACCUCCGUGUCCUUAAUUUAAAGUCCAAUGGUUUUGAUGAAAUUCCAGUACAAGUGUUCAAAGGUUUGAUUCACCUAAGAAGCCUAGAUUUAGGAUCUAAUAAUUUGAAUUUGCUUCCAGCAACUUUAUUUGAUGACCAAGCAUCUAUGAAUUCAUUAAUUCUUCAGAAAAACUUGAUAACAUCUGUUGAAGACAAAGUGUUUGGGACAGUUUUCAAGAACCUGAAAGAAUUACAGUUGGAUUCCAAUCCUUUUGACUGCACCUGUGAAAGUAUUUCCUGGUUUGUUAGCUGGCUUAAUGUGACCCAAGCAUACAUACCUGGAUUAGACUCCCAUUACCUUUGUAACACCCCACCUCACUAUCAUGGUACUUUGGUGUUGCAUUUUGAUAUCUCACCCUGCAAAGAUAGUGCCCCCUUUAAACUACUGUACAUAAUCAGUACAACUGUUGUAUUGCUCCUCCUCAUUAUUGUUACUCUCAUACAGUUUGAAGGGUGGAGGAUAGCAUUUUACUGGAAUGUUUCAGUAAAUCGAGUACUUGGUUUUAAUGAAAUAGAUAGACAACCAGAAGAGUUUGAUUAUGAUGCCUACAUUAUCCAUGCGAGAGAGAACAAAAAUUGGGUGUUAAAGAAUUUCAUCUCUCUGGAAAAAAAUCAACAGUUUCAAAUCAGGUUUUGUUUAGAAGAACGAGAUUUUGAGGCAGGAAUAUCUGAAUUUGAAGCCACAAUGAAUAGUAUAAAAAAGAGCAGGAAGAUUAUUUUUGUUGUGACAGAACAGCUCUUAAAAGAUCCCUGGUGCAGAAAGUUCAAAGUGUAUCAUGCUCUACAACAAGCUAUUGAACAAAGUCGAGAUUCCAUCAUUUUGAUCUUCCUUCAUGAUAUUCCAGAUUACAAGAUGAAUCAAGCACUUUUCUUACGAAGAGGAAUGUUCAGAUCUCGCUGCAUCUUGGAUUGGCCCGCUCAGAAAGAACGGGUUAAUGCAUUUCAUCAGAAAUUGAGACUGGCACUUAAAUCUAGUAGCAAAGUGCUCUAGAAGUUCUAAAAUACAGUUUUGAACUGUUAAGAUACUUUAUUUUGCGUAUUGUGGAAUUAAACAAAACCUAACACUACUUGAGAAAAAAAUGAAACCAACUACUCCAUUACAAAAUGGAUAUAGUAGAAAAAGAAUUAUCCUAUUGCAAAUAGGAUAUAGUAGGAAGAGAAAGAGAGUGUCAUCAUGGUUAUUGAGAAUGAUUUGACAUAGGAAAGCUUCUUUGUUCUGUGAUUCCAAAAGGGCCAAGACUGUCCACAUUAAAGAAGAAAUGAUAAAAGACAUACACAAGAGUUAAUGUUAUAUAGAGAAGGUAUACUGGGUACUACUACUCACUUUCACAAUACAAGAACAUGGGCAUAUCAGUGAAAUUGAAGAUGGUUUCAAAAGCUUCUAAACCUUAGUAUUCAGAUGAAGCCAGCCUCUGAUAGGAGGUUGUUCCAUAAUUGUUCCGUAAUUGCAUGGUGAAUGAAGACAUAUCCUUUGAAUGAUCUGGUAUCACUUUCAGGAACAGGAUGCUGGGCUAACCUGAUGAACAGUGUGAUCAAGUCUGGAAAAUCCACUAGAUGUUAAGAGUGGGUGUCAUUCUUUCCUAGUAAGCUUAGAGAGUAAGCAUAAGACCCUUGAUCCUGUGAACAUCUUUGUUAAUUCUUUAAAUGGGAUGAAUUUCACCUUUAAGUGGAAUGGAGGAAAUAAAAAAUCUCAUUCCCAUUUCCUAGUUUUAAUGGUCUUCUACCCAGAAGGGGGUUUUUUUGGCUUGAAUGUAGUGUAUUCUCUAUCUUUCACAUGUAAUAUGUUCUAGCAUUAAAGAACAGGGAUAUGAAGAUUGUAGGGUCAGGACCCAAAAGUUACAGCUGCUGUACAUAGUCCCACUUCUAUAUAUACCAUAAUUCCACAGAACUUUGUGUAUACUAAACUACUAGUAGUAGAUGAGGAGUUCACUGGCUCCACUGAUGUCAUUUGGGAUUUUGCCACCAAUACCAGUAAAGCCCAGAGUUAAUUCAGUGUCCAGCUGUGCACCUGCUGAAGGCGGUGGGAGAACUCUGACUGGGAGCAGACUGGGACUUAAAAAUGUGUAGUUUUCAGAAUUCUGCACUGUGCAUAUGAAAUGCAUAUUUCUAUUGUGGAUCGUGCUUUUAGUAUCUUUAAUAUACCAUGCAUUUUGCUUUUCUUUUAAGUUCCAGCUUUAAGUUUUUACUUCAAGUAAAGUAGGGAAUGGUAUUCACAUAAAAACUGUAUAUUGGUA